GUUCCGCCCCACUCCGCGACAAUCUCGAACAUCGUAAAAAGUUACUCGAACGACAUGAGGACAAAUUAUGUAAAUUCAUACAAAUAGUGCGAUCAUUAUUUUCAAAUAUUUCUGUGUUUGUUUGUGAAGAUUUGUGUACUUUAAUAUGGCGUUAGCGUGGUGUGUAUUUUUGUGCGUUUGCACCGGUGUGCUGGGGUUCAAUGUGGACAUACCCUCAAGGGUGGUUUAUAAGGGUAAUCCGAAUUCUAUGUUUGGAUUUACGGUGCAGGCGCAUGUUGACGGCGACCGGAAAAUGAUCUUGGUGGGUGCUCCAGAAGACCAGCUGUAUUCUGCAUACGAAUACAAUGUGACUCGACCUGGUGCGGUGUACCGCUGCGAGCCAGUGUACAGGAACUAUGCAGCUGAAGGAAAUGUCAGGACUCUGGACCGCUGCAGUCCCAUGCAGUUCGAUAAGAAUCCAAGAAAUAACGCGGAUCGUCAAGGUCGUCAGGUGGAUCAGAAAUCAAACCAAUGGUUUGGUGCGACGCUGACCAGCACCGGCAGGAAUGGCGCUAUCAUGGCUUGUGCCCCUCGCUACGUGUCUUAUGUGUCUGCGAAGCUCAACCAGAGAGAUCCAGUGGGCACGUGCUUCGUAGCCAACUCUCCGGACAUGACUGACGUCAAGGAGUUCUCUCCAUGCCGAACUUCAAGUCACGGACAGCGCAAGACUGGCAUGUGCCAAGCCGGUUUCUCGGGAGCCAUAUCAAAGGAUGGACAACGACUAUUCAUGGGUGCACCAGGCAGCUUCUUCUGGCAAGGGCGAACGUUAUCAAUAGAACCGAAAGAAAAGUUCAUCUUCUAUAUGCCGAAAAUACCGGAAGAAGGUCAGCUGAUGUCUCAGUCGAUGGGAAGUCGUCCAGCUCUGAUUGCUACUCCUGAAGCUAGUCCUAAAUACGAUGACUCUUACAUGGGAUACUCUAUUGCUGUUGGUGACUUCGCUGGUCAAGGCAUUCAGAGUGUUGCUGUUGGUGUGCCCAGAGGAGCUGGACUCAAAGGAUUGGUUGUUCUCUAUACUUGGGAGCUCCAAAACAUCAAGAACAUUAGUGGCUCGCAGAUUGGUGCCUACUUCGGUUACAGUAUUGCUUCUGGCGACAUUGAUGGCGAUGGUUUCGAUGACGUCAUUGUUGGUGCUCCAAUGUUCACCAGAACUAAGACCGAUGGAUUUGAACACGGAAGAAUUUAUGUGAUUUACCAGGACAAGGACAGGUCUUUCACAAGGAGCCAUGCUAGGACCGGAGAAGUUUCCCGAGGCAGAUUCGGUUUGGCUGUCACAUCACUCGGUGAUAUCAACUACGACACCUUCGGAGACAUCGCUGUCGGCGCACCUUAUGGUGGUGAAAACGGUCGUGGUGUCGUCUAUAUCUACCAUGGCAGUGCGAUGGGCAUCCAUGAGAAAUACUCCCAAGCCAUCACUGCUGAAGAGAUCUCCCCCACCCUCACGACAUUCGGAUUCUCCCUCUCCGGAGGAGUGGACCUGGAUAACAAUAACUACACUGACUUGGCUGUGGGUGCUUAUAAGUCUGAUAGCGUCGUGUUCUUGAAGUCUCGUCCAGUAGUGAAAGUGACAGCUGAAGUGAAGUUCUUGGUGGACAGCAAGUUGAUCUCGCUGACUGACAAAAAGUGUCACCUUGCUAACGGGACCACGGUUGCGUGUGCGCAGGUUAUGUUCUGCCUCUCGUAUGGAGGCGUUAACGUGGACCAGCAAAUUAAAUUCGAGGUGACCUUGGAGCUGGACUCACGGCAGAAGACCACGAAGAGACUGUUCCUCGCGGAGACCAGGGAGACCACGUACAAAACUCAGAUACUGUUGACGCAGGGAGAGCAUGAGUGCAAGGAUAUCAUUGUGUACUUGGACGAUGAAAUCCGCGACAAGCUGACGCCAAUCGAAGUGAAGAUGUCAUAUGACCUUGUAAACCAGCCAUCCGGUAACAUCGUGCCUCCCGUCCUGGACCAGACUCACAGCAUCAUGCACACAGACUCACUCAACAUCCAGAAGAACUGUGGUGCUGAUAACAUCUGUAUACCUGAUUUGAAGAUGGCUGCUACCACCCCUACAAUCAACUACGUGCUAGGAUCUGGCGAGAACCUCCACAUUGAUGUCAAAGUGGAAAACUCUGGUGAAGAUGCUUUCGAAGCCGCUUACUACCUGAUGAUACCAUCAGGAGUGACUUACGCCAAAAUGGAACGUCUGGACAAGGACACGGACACUCUGAUAUACUGCUCCAUCACCAACAGAUUUCCUGAUGGUAACACCACUCUGAAAUGUGACCUUGGAAACCCCAUGGCUAGUGGGCAAAAGGUAAACUUCCGCCUGAUCUUGGAAGUGGAUGCUCGCGUGACCACACUGGGCUUCGACAUGGAAGCGAACUCCACCAACGUGGAACAAGACACCAUGUACGAUAACUCCAUGCAUAUGAACAUCGGUGUCGUCGUUAGAGCACACCUGUCCAUCAUUGGAACAUCAGACGCGCCUGAGCUACACUACAAUGCUUCGCAAUACGAAACACAAAACAUCAAAGACGAUACCAAACUUGGCCCUCAAGUGAUCCACAAAUACAACUUGAAGAACGAGGGACCAUUCACUGUUGAGGAAGCCGAGAUAUAUUUCAUGUGGCCCUACCAGACUCUUGAAGGUGAAAAUCUGAUGUACAUGCUGGUACAGCCCCAAUACCUGGGCGACGUCAAGUGCGAUAUAGCCCGACACAUUAACGACGCCAACUUGUUCGUGGAGCGACCCUACGAAUUCCUGCUCUCGAAGGAGAGGGAAGCUAUGAUGAGUAGCGAAUUCUACACCGCAUCGCAAACCUCAGGAGGUGGUGGAUAUUACGGACAAGUGUACUGGGAUGAUUUAUCCAACGGUGGUCAAUUCAACUACCAAACUGGCAGUAGUAGCACUGGCAGUGUCAACUUAGGAGGUUCUGGAUACGGUACUGGACAGUCCAGCCACUCUAGUGGAAGCUCGAGCUCCAGCUCAACCCACUUCAGUGGCAGCAGUAGCCAAAAUGGAGGGCAAUUUAUUAGCAGCCAGACUGGCAGUGGCCAAUUUAGUGGCAGUCAAAGUGGCAAUGGCCAAUUCACUGGAACCCAGAGUGGCAAUGGACAAUUCGUUGGCGGCCAUAGUGGAAAUGGACAAUUUGUUACCAGCCAAACUGUAAAUGGUCAAUAUAGUGGAAACCAGGGGGUUGCCAAUGGUCAAUUUAGUGGUAGCCAGGGAUCCUUUGCAAACCAAGGUGGCCAUUUUGGUGGUCAAGGCCAUCAAGGCACUUUUACAUAUAACCAGACCUGGAGCUCCUUUGAAGACAGUGAAGACCUGACUGCAGAACAAAAAGAAGAAAUCAGGAAGAAACUAGCGGCUGCUCUCGCGUCUGGAGCUGGUCAAGGUAGCUGGAGCACCCAAAAUGGGGCAUUUGGUAGUCUUGGACAAGGUUCAAUCGUGAAAGUCAAGAACAAGACAAUCAUAUAUGAUGCUAAUCAUAACAUUAUUUCCGAAAUUGAAACAAGUACUGAAUAUGGAAAUCUUGGACACGAAGGAGAAGCUGGUAGCUCGUUUAAUGUAUACGCUAACCAAGGUGGUGUUAACCAAGCAUCUUCAGAAGGACAUGCCCAAGGUUCUUGGCAAACAAGUUCCCAAGGGUCAGGCAUUUACUCGCAAGGUUCCGGCUACAACCAGGGAUCAGGAGUUUACAGCCAGGGCGCUGGAGGCUACAACCAAGGAUCUGCAACAUACAACCGAGGGUCUGGCUCCUAUAACCAAGGGUCUGGCACCUACAGCCAGGGAUCAGGAUCUUACGGUUCUGCAGGAUCAAGAGGUUUCUCACCAGAUUCCGGUCAAGGCCAAGGUUUCGUCCACGGAUCCUGGGCAACCACAGAAACUGUCAACCCUGAUAUAGCUAAUGCUGGCUCAUCAACCUUCAGAGGCUCCUCAAGUGUCACUGUUGUAGGAGAUGAGGAAGAAGACAAACUUGAAGGUUUUGGUGUUAAUGCUGCGUAUAAUCCUAAUAACGAGUUUAAGUAUGGCAUUGCUGACGUCAGUGGCAGUUCUGGUGGAAGUCAGAGAAGUUCAGGAGCUGGCGCUGUACAUGGUGCAGGUGGCAGCUACCAAUCUGGCGGUGGCAGCUUCCAAACUGGUGGAGGAGCCUACCAGAGCGGUGGAGGAUCCUUCCAAAGUGGAGGUGGAAGUUACAGAAGCGGUGGCAGUGGAUACUCUUACUCUUCAUCAUCGUCGUCUGGUGGACCCACAGUUGAAGCAGAUUCUUGAAAAAUGUGAGGAAAAGUACAAGUGCGAGGUGCUGAGAUGUACAACAGGUCGCAUGAUGAAGGGGCAGGAGGCUUGGUUUGCGUUCAGAUCUAGGAUCAACGCAUCAGUACUUAGUGAGAUCUCCAAGGACCGCGCGGUAAUCCUGUCAACAUUAGCCGCAGCGCGCGUUUCUCGUCUGCCCAUGGUCGGGCGGCCGACAGACAGGACCUGGCAUACAGCAGAAGCCCAGACUCUCAUCACACCAAGACUGGAAGCGCUGGACAGUGGCACCAUCCCACUCUGGGUUGUUAUACUCGCCGCUAUUAUCGGCGCUCUCCUACUUCUACUUCUCAUCUUCGCACUCUACAAAUGCGGAUUCUUCAAGCGUAAUCGCCCCUCAGACCACGCUGAGCGACAACCCCUGAACGGGCGUGACGAACAUCUUUGAUAUCCGACCACUGAUCUAGGCGUCACCAGCGAUACAGCUGGAACGUCUGACGCAGGCGCGACGUCCGACACGCCUGACGACAGCUCGUCGACUGACGCUGCCAGCGACGUGACAAGUCGCGACUCCACUAGCUUCGAUAGGUACUGACAUCACAGAGUCAAUGUUUAUAAAUUUUAAAUGAUCACUUUUAGCCACUAGAUGGCGCUAGUUGGCAUUGUCCAUGUAUUGUUUCCGACCAGAUUUUUCGUGGUGGGGGUAAGUUUGCGCUUUGUAAAUUUUCACAUUAUUUCAACACAGAUUUUUUAUAAGGUAACUUAGUUCCAACUUAGAAAAAAAACAAGGUGCGAAGUUAUUCACACUGCGAAAUGUGGGAGAGCCAUGCUUCAACUCGAAUUGGCUGGCUCGACCAGUCGAGGGCGUCCAUGGACGACGCCGAUUGCUUACCAUCAGGCCAUGGUUCGUGUUGUGGUCUAUUUAAUGUUGAAGAAGAAUCUUUUUUCACUACUGCCCACUAGCGCCCUAAGUAAUUAUGGAUGAGAGGUAUCACAUUUUAAUUCAGGUGCGAUAACUCUCAUGCAUAAUAUUUACAAUUUUUGAAAUAAGUGCGAAAAAAAUUACAUAAUAAUCAAUUUGAAAAAUAAUUGAUACGAGCUGUAUUUUCUAUAUCUAUUUUCAACUAUAACAUUAUAAAAAUUAGAGUCCAUUUAAAACAGUAUAGGUUCCGUACAAAAAACUUUGGUACAAUAUUUUUCCCUCAUGACAAAACGAAUUUUUCCAAACUUUUCAUGUCUUUUUUACAAAGAAAAUGAAAAGUUUAUCAAAAAUCAUAUUUUCCUCUAUUCUAUUAUAAUAAAACCUAGUCACGAAUAAAAAAAAAUAUUUUUCGGACGCCAUACUAGAAAGUAAAAAAGGAAAAAUGUAAUUUGAGGUUAUGAAUUUUCAUUUUAAAUAAAUUAAAUAUAAGUUUCAAAUGAAAUGUUCAUUUUUAAUUUAUUUAAAAUGAAUUAAUGUUUUUAAAUAUAAAACGAAUGAAAGAUUAAAUCUUGUCGUGUGAUAAUUAUAAAUGUAAAAAUGUGUGUAUGUAUGCGUGAGUUGUUGAAAAUGUGAUCUAAGUUAAUUAUUAGGUUUACUAAAAGUGGUAGAUAACACUAUAUGUUGGGGGUGUAUCGAAUAUAUUUAAAUUAAAUUAAAUGUGGUAGAAAAACGUAGUCACGUGUGAUUCUUUAUUUAAAAAUUACGUUGACUAUUCGUUACACCUUCGAUAUUACUUCGAAUACAUAGCUAAUGGUAUAAUGUACUAAUAAGGUUGCUUUGUAAUAAAUAAAAAAAUAUUAAUGUUUUUGGGAGGCAUUAUCUCUAUUAAUUUAUUUAAUAAGCCCCUGACACCCAGCCGAGAUCUCUCAUUGUGCUA